AUGGCAGAAUACUGGAAAUCAGCACCAAAAUUCUGGUGCAAACAAUGCAAGAUAUACAUUCGCGACACAGCAUUCGAAAAGACGCAACAUGAAGCGACAGCAAAACACCAGAGCAGCCUAAAGCGGUUCCUACGAGAAAUCCACCGCGACAACGAGCGGCAGCAACGAGACUCACAGCGCGCAAAGGACGAAGUUGAGCGGUUACGGAAUUCAGUUGUUGGCGGUGGGAAGACGGGAUAUGAUCAUUCGUCAUGGAAGAAGGGUUCUUCUGCUGCGGCUGCUGCAGCGCCGCAGCGACCUGUUUCGGUGGAAGAGCGGAAAAAGCAGAUGGCGCAGCUUGCGGAGAUGGGGGUUGCGAUCCCAGAUGAUUACAGGGGUGAGAUGGCGUUGGCGGGGGAUUGGCAGACAGUUUCUGAGAAGGCUAUACGACCGGAGGAACAGGAGGGGGAAGAGAAACAGCCUACGCUCGGGGUACGGAAACGGAAGCACGAAUUGGAUAUAGAUGAGGAGGAAGAGGAGGCGAAGCAGGAGGCUGAGCGGUUUGUUAGCAAGGGGUGGGGGUCAAGGACGCGGCAAUAUCCUGGUGCGAAGGAUGAAGAGGAUGAGGAUCUGGAUGCGCUUCUGGCUUCUACGAAGGAAGUGAAGAAGACUAAGGAUUUGGGGACGGGGGAAGGCGAAGGCACACCAGCCGAAGAAAAGUCCCAGACGGAGGACCGCCCGAGUGAUGGGACACCAGCUAAGGAAGAAGAGCCUUCAACAGCCAGCGCGGGCGUGGUAUUCAAGAAACGCAAGCCCAAGGCCAUGAAAAAAUAG